AGGAUUCUACAUCGCUUCCCAGGGAAAGCUGACCUUGUUCCAGUGCCACCAUGAAAUUCUUCACUGUCCUGCUAUUUGCCAGCCUUGCUGCCACCUCUCUUGCUCUCCUGCCUGGGUCCAAAGAUGAACUUCAAAUGAAGACUCAGCUCACAGAUGUCAUUCCAGCUGCCCAGUCCACUCCCACCAGCCAUAGCAGUGAGGAGAGUGCUUCCAGUAAGGACCUUUCCAAGGAGCCUUCUGUCUUCAGAGAAGAGCUGAUUUCCAAUGAUAAUGUGGUGAUGGAAUCUACCAAGCCAGAGAAUCAAAAGGCCCAGGGUGGGCUCAGGAGUGGGUCAUCUCAGCUGGAAGAGACCACAAUACCCACCACCUCAGCUGGUAUGAGCCAGGAAAGAAAGAAGAUGUCUUGGGAGGUGCAACCACCUCAGAGGAAAAUCUGACCAAGUCAAGCCAGGCAGUGGAGAAAGAACUGGGUAAAAUAACUGAGGGAUUUAUAAAUGGUGCAGAAGACAUAAUCUCUGGUGCCAGUCAUAUCAUGAAGCCAUGAAGACAAAAACACCUAACCACUGAGGCCCAUGCUGGGUGGUGCCUUUAUCACCCACAUUCUGCUCACCUGACCACCACCUCUCAGUCUGCCCUUUGAUGUCUUACAUUAAAGUAUCGCAAC